AAUUCGCGCAAUUUGAUUGGUUAACGAUGAGUAAUGGUUUUUAUUUAGCUCAUGGCAAGCGCCGAUAUGGACGCCUUUUGUGUGCAAGAAAAAGUGAGGUUUUUUCCUCGUUUCUUUUUAUUUCACGUUCCAAAACGGUCGUACAUGAAACCUAAAAGAUUAAGGAGUAGUUUGUAGUAAUUAUUUCAUUGAAAACUAACAUUUUUUACGUUUUUUUGGACUUCAAUUAAAGUGUGUAUUUCGUCGCGGGGUCUGUGGGAAUUUACGUGUAAACAAAGAAAUAUAGAAGAAGUUAGAUUUAACAUCGCUUUGUGUUAAAUCUUAAUGGUGACUGUUAUUAAACAACGUUUUGUACUCGAAUAUACUGCUGGAGAGUCUACGUGUAGAAUUAUGAGCAGGAAAAGUGACGGGUCGUGUAAUGGUAAUGGCAGUCGACCAAAUAGUGGAAAAACCGGCGAGCGGUCGGGCUGUUUUUUCGCCAAUAUUAAAUCAAUUUUACCAUGUGAACUUUCUAAACUUAUUGCAGGAGAUAGCGCGAAAACGGACGAGCUUGUACUUAUUGAUUGUCAGUCUUUCGGGGAGUACAGUUCAAGUCAUAUCACUGGAGCUCUUCAUCUCAAUUGUACGGGACUUGUAAAACGUCGUUUAACGCAAGGGAAAGUGAAAUUACAUGAUCUUUUUUCAUGUGACCAAAGCAAAGAACGAUUUUUGCAAGCAAAGGUUACCAAUAGGCCAGUUAUUGUGUAUGAUAAUGCUUGCGAUUCUAUCGAAGUUAGUUCUUCAUCAAAACCUAUUAGCUUAAUAACUCGGACGUUACUAAACGAAGGCACAAAUACCCUAAUCUUACAAGGUUUGUAUUUUUAAUCAAUUCAUUUCAAUAAAAAUUUUAAUCAAUACAUUUAUAAAAAGUUCUAAGCACUAUGACAUACAUUUUAGUGUUAUUGAAGCUCAGUUUCCUUGUUAGCUAUAACAAUUCUAUGACAUCAUUCUUCUUGAAAGACAUUAGCAUAAAUAGCAAAAUUGUUGACCAAUAGCAACGAAGGAAUGCUUUGUGUAAAUUGAUGUCUUUCUACAGAACACAAACAUUAGCAUAAAUAGUAACUCUAUUAACCAAUAGCAACCAAAGGAAAUGCGUGUAAACAGAUGGUAACGAUGGUAUCAAGAUUCAAGAAUAUUGCAAAGUCAUGGCCUGAUGACCUUAUAACUGCUGACUUUGCAAAAAUAGCCCUUUAUGUAAUAAUAAAGCAUAUUUGAUGAUGACUUUGCAGAAAAAAACAAUAACCCUUCAUUGACAAAACUAAUAUUAUGUAACAAUUUUAAAGCCUGACCUUAUCAAAUCCUUCAAAUGGUUGUUUUAUAAAAAAAAACAUUGAAAUUUCAUGUUUAUAAAAUAAACAAUGGACAAUGUUUUUAUCUAUGAUUAUCAUGCUUAGUUGCAAAUAAUGAUAGCUUCAUAACACUAAGUUUCAUACGAGUCACAAUUUAGGAAGAGUUACUAUUUUUACUGACUUUUAGGAUUAGGGCUUGGAUUAGUAUUAGGGUUAGUAUUAAGAUUAGAAUUUAGGGUUAGGGUCAAGUUUAAAAUACAAAAGAAUACAAAAUUACUAAAAAUAAGUAACUCUGACAGGUAUACUAGGUUGUGUUUUUUUGUUGUUGGUGUUAUGUGUACUCAGGUGAAUAUGAUGUUUGUGAUGUUACUCUGAGUGUGCAUCCACACCGGGCAAGCUGAAAAUGUUCCCUGACCAUUAUAAAAAUGCUAAAUUCUUCUCUGACAUAUUUAUUACAGGUGGACUAAAGGAAUUUGUGCAACAACACCAAAAUCUAUGUGAAUCUGUGUGUCAUGCAACAAAGUAUGAGCCAACUGUGGUUGAAAAACUUGUUGGUGCGACGCAUAAACUUACCACUGCUACCAGCGAGAGGGAUGUCUGUAAUGGAAGCGUAGCAAAUGGACCACCUGUGUCGGAAAUCAUUCCUCGGUUAUUUAUUGGUAACAAGAUAAGCGCAUCAGACGAAUCUCUUAUCGAUAGGCUAGAUAUCAAGUAUAUUUUGAAUGUGACUAAGGACCAUCCAAAUUACUUUCAGCAUCGACCUGACCUCAUUUAUAAACAAAUUUCAGUGAACGACUCAAGUAAGGAAGAUAUAGGGAUGCAUUUUGAAGAUGCCCUAAGGUUCAUUGGUAAGUUUAGUUUAGUUGUGGUCUCCUAGUAAUCUUUAAAGCUCUUUUUCAUAUUUUCUUUUAUGUAUAAAUACACACUUUGGGAAAGUAUGUCCUGGUAUAGAGCCCCGUUUUCAUGAUUGAGAUGUUGGCCUUAACUAAUAUCAUAUACAGGGAUAUGAGGCUCUUUACCCAAAGUGAUUUUCUUUCUGGAAGACUGUAUACCAAUUAGUCUUUCUCGUCCCCAGGCGCUUUGAUUUGCUGCGCCGUUUCGUGAGGAAUGGAAAUUUGGACGGGCGAAGUCGGAACCCGCGCGUCUGAGUUGGAGCCUGGGGACGAGGCUGCUUUCUUGCCAAAAUCCACCAUUUUUGGGGUACUGUCUGUCCUUGUGAAAGAUUUGAGACAAUAAAGAAAUUGGUCCAUACCUAUUUUGUUAGUUUAUUCUGUCUGAUGCCAGGCAAUUGGAUCUAUCCAGAGCAAGUUUUGGGCGUGAUAAUGUUAACCAGAGUGAAUAUUUUGCAAUCUCUUCUAUUCCAAUAAAACUAACAAAUUUUUUUUCCAUUGUAGAUGAAGGUCGGAAAAAAGGAAAGGGUGUCCUAGUUCACUGUCAGGCUGGCAUUUCAAGAUCUGCAACCGUUGUCAUUGCAUUUCUAAUGAAACAUGAAAGGCUGACGUUGAAUGAUGCUUACAGGCUGGUGAAGGAAAAACGACCAGUCAUCUCUCCCAAUCUGAAUUUCAUGGGCUCCUUGUUGAAAUUUGAGAAGACUUCAUAUCGAUGUUAAAGGCAUGUCAUUCUUGGCAAUCCAUUAGUUCUUUUUGUUGUGGCGUUCACUCCAUAGAAGAGUGAAGAUUAUAUAUAUCGCUUUGGCUUUGCGUUAGUCGUUCAGUGUUUUAUUAAAGUCUGGUUUACACUAUCAAAGUUUCUGUGAUCACAGUAGGAAUUUUGCAUGGGUAAAUUCUAUGUUUUGAAGUAUUUGAAAGACAUUUUUAAGGGAAAUGACUCACAGUUCCCUCAGACAUUUCUUACAAACCUUCAAAACUUAGAAUUUACCUAUGCAAAAUUCUUUCUGUGAUCACAGAAACUUUGAUAGUGUAAACUAGGCUUAAAUUUCUGUUUAUUGAUUUGUUAGUUGUAAGGGGAAGGGGGCAAGAAUUAAAUAACGGCGCACAGGGUUUGGGAAUAAGCUUCAUAUGGUAAGAAUGCAAUUUAGCCUAAUCAUAAAUUAAUUAAAAGGCCCACUCAGAUAAUAAAAUUGACAAAUAUGUGAAUAUCUUCAUUGCUAUUGAUCAAAAAUAAGAAUAUUGCAUGAGGAAACGCAAAGGCAAAAAUUAUUCUGUUUCUUGAUUGAUAUAUAAUUGUGACUGUGUUGUAUUGCAUCACGCUGCUAUUCCCCGUGGUGACAACGUAAUAAUAAAUUAAGAAAAAAAUGCUUCGCCAGCAAUAAUUUUGUUUCUUCAUGAUUUACCGCAAAUGCAAAAUAAGAAAUAAAAAUGCCAGUACAAGCUUUUUUAUAUUGUGUCAUGGAGCUAUAUAUAACAGCCAUUACCAAAAUCAGAUGUCGAAUGUUUCAAUUACGUGGAUAUAAUGUAGUUGUAGUGAUCUGCGCUGUGAAAGAAGAUACACCUACCUGAAAAAAUGAAAAAUAUAAACACACCUUCGACGUUUCGAGCGAAGGCACGUCGUUUGUCGGAAAGCUUGUAGCCUUGACUCCCCCUAGGCCUCCCCUAGGAAAGAGGCUCGAUUACCAGCCGUGGGCUUCCCCGAAUGCCGGCUGGUGAUCGAGCCUACUACGAAGGGGCUUCUCUCGAAACGUCGAAGUUGUGCUUAUGUUUUUCUGGUAGUUGUAUAUCCAUCACACCACGGCUGUCUUUAUCGUCACUAUACCUACAUUGGCACAGACCUCUGAGACACAGUCCAUUCGAGAUUUGAUAGUGAUCUGUCCUGCACUGUAUGUAUGUAUGUAUGUAUGUUAGCAAAAUCACUACACGUUAGCACGUUCUUCUUUCAAACGCUAUAAUUCUGUUACUGAAAACACCAGAGUUAUUCAGUUUUAAGAAAUUUCGUUCCAUGAAGCCAGAUCUUAUCAUCUUGAUCCAGACUUAAGGACCGAAAUUCUCCUGCUGUUUCCCGCAAGAGCAAGUAAUCAACUUCGUCUUUGGUAUAAAUAUUAGCAAAUCUUUGUAAAAAUCAAAUUUACCUAGUUGCGCAAGAUUAUAGAUUUAUAUUGAUUAUUCUAAGGUAUUAAUUAAUGUAGUCAAGCUUGAUUUUUUUGUUAUUCUCUUUAAAUCAAUGACAAUGUACAUUCGGGCCGGGUUAUGAUAAUGUAUAUAGUGUGUAAAUUUCCUUUUUGGCGAUAAAAAUAAAUUUUGGCACUGUCUGCAAUG